AUGAAUAUUAAUGAUUAUGAAGAAAAAAACAUGAACAGUUCAGGUGAAAAAAAAAUAAAUAUUAAAAUCGGUGAUCUGGCUAGCCAUAAUUCAGGUAAUUUUGAUGAAAAAAAAAAAAACCCUGUAUGUAAAAAUUUAAUUGUUAACAUGACUAAUAUUUCGAAAGGGUUACAAGAAGAAGAAUGUAAAAUAGAAGAAUUAGAUAAAGUUGUUAGAAAUGAGAUGGAUAUGAUAAAUUCAUUAAAAAAUGAAAAAGUAAUAGGAAUGGAUAAAAUGUAUGAUAUGGAAAAGGAAAAAGAAAAGGAAAAGGAUAUGUGUUUAAUUAAUGAGAAAAAUAGUUAUUCAUUUGGUAAGGAUGAAAAAAAGAAUAAUAUUGAUGGUAUACAUAGUAUUCACAAUAUCAGUGAUAACAAUCAUAUAAUAAAUUCAAAUGUAUAUAAACAGAAUGUACAAAAUUUGGUAAGCAAUUCGACACAUAUAGAUAGUACCGAAAUUUGUUCCUCUAAAUUUGUUAAAGAGGAAGUACAUAAUGAUGAUAAUGAUGAUAAUAAUGAAUAUGAUAAAAAUGUUCAUAUAUUAAAAUGUCCUGAACAUAAUAAAACUAAAGAUAUGGAUAAUAAUUUGUCCAAUAAAUAUUUGUAUUCAUGUAAUAUAAGUAAUAAUAAUAGUCAGUUACAUUUAUCAAGAUUAUUUGAUAAAGAAACCGAUGAAGUGAAUUCUAUUAAUGUCAACAAUCAGGAUAAAUCUGAGAACAUGUCUGAGAUAAAAUUAGAAAAGACUGUAAUGAUUAUAGAUAAUUCAAAUAAUAAUGAUAAUAAUAAUGAUAAUAAUAAUAAUAAUAAUAAUAAUAAUAAUAAUAAUAAAAAUAACUGUUCUGAACAAAAUGUCAUAUUACAUAAUAACGGUAAUGAUAUAGAAUAUCCCAAACAUUUUGAUGAAUAUAAUAAGAAGGGAAAUGUAAUGGAAAUUGAAAGAAACGAAGAAAGGUCGAAUAAAUAUAAAGAUAACCUAAUUUUAUUUAAUGAACUCUUAAAAUAUAAAGACGAAUUAAAUUAUUUGAAUGAACAAAAAGUAAAUGAAGAUGAAAAUGAAGAUGAAAAUGAAGAUGAAAAUGAAGAUAAAGAUGAAGAUGAAAAUGAAGAUGAAGAUGAAAAUGAAGAAGAAAACAACAAAAUAAAUAAUUGUUUUUUAAAUAACAAAAUGGAAUGUAAUAUUGAAAAUAUAAAGGAACAUAAAAAUGAUUUAGAUAAUAAGAAUUAUCAAGAUUUCAAUACAACAAAUACAAAUAAAAUAAUAAUUUCCGAUUUAUGGAAUAAUGAUAAGGAUAUAAAUACAUGUCUUUCUUCCUAUCAAAAAAGUAAUAUGAGUCUUAGUUUGUUAUAUCAAAGUAAUAUAGAAGAUGAUAUAUUAAAUAAAAAAAAUGAAUAUUCUGAUAUCAAAAUGUUGAAAAACGAUAAAAAUGAUGAUAAUAUAAUAUAUAAUAUAAAUAUGGAUCAUUUAAAUAAAGAUACCUAUAUACAUAAACCAAACAAAAGUGAAGAAGAACAAAAUUUCAAUGUUCAGGAUAUAAAUGAACAAAGUGAUUUAUAUUUUCCUAUAGGAAAUAAUGAGACAAAAAAUAUACAGAUGAAGAUACAUAUAGAUUUUAAAAAUAUAUACUUUGUGAAAUAUAAAUAUAUAAAAUGUUUAGUGAUGAAUAAUUCAGGUAUUAUUGUUCAUUCAUUUGUUUUUCACAAAAACCCAAUAAAUUUGGAUAAACAAAAUAAUAUUUUAAAAAUAUUAAAUCAAGAUAAAGAAAGUACAAAAACUAGAAAAUCAAAUAAUGAUAUAAAUAGUUUAGUUGAAGAAUUGAAGAGCAUAAUAUUUACAGACGUAUCUUUUGAGCUUUCCUUUAAUGCAAAAAAUGUUAGAGGAAUUGAAAUCAUCUCUCCAUCCAAGUUUUAUAGACUCAGUUUUUAUGGAAUGGAAGAGAAAAAUAAAAAUGAAGUAGAAACGAACCAUAAUGUUUUAUCAAAAAAUGAGAAAAAUACAAAGCAUGAAAAAGAUAAGAAAUUAAAAAAAUAUAUUUAUAAUAAGGAGGAAAAUAGCAAGCUAAAUCAUAAAAAUAAGUAUAAUUAUACCAAAAAGAACAACUUGCUGCCCAAUAAUACUGAUAUUAAGGAGAAAGAUAAAAUUGAUAAUAAGGGGAAAUUAUAUUAUAUAGGUUUUACUAUUAUUCAUUUAAAUUAUUUAUAUGAAUUACAAAAAGAAGGAUAUGUACAUUUAAAUAUUUCUGAUAAAAAGAAUGAAGAUUUUAAUUUUAUGGAACAUUAUAAGAAAGAAGAUUAUGCAUAUUAUAUGGAUAAUAAAAUAAUCGAACAUACAUUUUCUAAUAAUAUAAGUUAUAUGGAAAAAAUUAAUAUGUUAUUUAAAAUAUUAUAUAAUCAUAGUUUGAAUAUAUCUACAUGUAAAAUAUUUUUCAAAUAUCGUUUUUCAAAAAUAGAACAGGAAGACCAUUUAUUUAACUAUAUAGAUGAUAUAAAAAAAAAGAAAAAAACAAGUAAUAGUAAAAAUGUAGAAUUACAAAACAUUAUAGAUAUUCUUCAGAAAAAUAAAUUUUCAAACGUAAAUCUUAAAAAUUGUAUAGAACAAUGCUUAAAGAAUUAUUAUAAAAGCUGUACAAAAUCAAUAUAUGAUGAUAUUAGUUUUACAUUAUUUGAUAAGGGAUAUAUACACAACCAUACAAUUAUAAAGAAUAAUAAAGAAAAACAAAAUGAAUGUUUCAAUUUACCAUCUUUCUUUUCUAAUAUAUCCAGUGAUAUUAAGGUCAAUAAUUCAUUUUUGAAAAAUAUAAAUUUUAUUAAAGCGUUUGAUAAUUUACAAAAGAAUAAUCCAAAUAUUGAUAAUCACGAAGAACAAGAUAGUUGUUAUUAUGAAAAUAUGAAAAAUAUAGAUCAUGCAAAAAAUAUACAAAAAAUGAACCACAAGGACCACACAAACACAAUGCAUAAACAAAACCAUCUUCACAAGGAAAAUGAAAAGGGAACUAAUACGAAUAAAGAACAAUUAUUAUCUGAUCACAUAUUUUGUGAUAAUAUGUUCAAUAAAUUACAAGAGAAUGAUCUAAGGAAACUACCAAAGAAUGUACGAGAUUAUAUUUUAAAAUUAUACAAUAUAAAUAUGGAGGACAACAUAAAAAUUGAAAAACUAAAACACAUUCUACUUAAAUACACAACCGGCAUUAAUAAUUAUUUCGACUACAUAGAAUAUACAAAAAAUAAUAAAAUGUAUAAAAUAUAUGAAGAAAAUAAAAAAAUGAAGAAAUAUAUAAAAGAUUCGAAUAAUUUUUUUAUACAAGCUUUAAUAGAUAGUCAUACUGAAAUUCAAAAGCUUAAGCAUAGUCUAAAAACCAUAAAUAUUUUAUAUAAUAAAGAAAGGAUGAAUAAUCAUCAAGAAAAUAAAAAAGAAGAAGAUAAAGAAAAAGAAAAAAAAAUGAAUGAGAAAGAACAUGUACAUAAUUAUUUAAAUAAUAAAAAUGAAUACAUGUUUAAUAUAAAAAAAAAGGAAAACAAAAUAAAACAAGACAUUUAUAAUUUUAAUGAUAAAAUAGGAUCAUCAUUAUAUUUAUCUUCACGAUCAGUAUCUUUGUCAUCACCAGAAUCAUCUUUAUCAUCCCCAUUAUCAACACUUCAUAAUAAAAAGGAACAUUUUGAUGAUGAAUAUUUGAUACGUAACAAAAAUAUCAAGACCAAGAAGGAAAAAAACAGGAGGGACAGAUCAGAAAAUUGUACUAAUAUAAUAAAAAAUAUUGAUGGAUAUACAUCCGAGUAUCAUCCCAACUACAUGAACAAGCAAAAUAAAAUAAGAAAGGAUAAGAAGAAUGACGAGCUGAAAAAUAUUAAUAAAAAUGUAAAUAAAAAUGUAAAUAAAAAUGUAAAUAAAAAUGUAAAUAAAAAUGUAAAUAAAAAUGUAAAUAAAAAUAUAAAUGAUACAUUAACAACAAGGGGUCAAAUUAAUAAAUCUAUAAAUGAAAAUAUAAUGUUAAAUAAAAGAAAUGAUACAAUUUUUGGAAAAUCGUUAUUAUCUUUAAAUAUAUACAAUCCAUAUAAUAAUAAUAAUAAUAAUAAUAAUAAUAAUAAAAAUAACAACAAUAAUUACAACAACAACAAUAAUAAUAAUAAGUAUUAUUAUAAUCACAAUAAUGGUGGUGAUUUUAAAGAAUAUCCUUCUUCCUCUUUUUUAUCAAACAUUAGUUAUUUAAGAAACAGAAAAGAAAAAAAAAAUUUUGAGGAGACUAACCAAAAGGGAGAAAAGGACAAAAGUGAGCUAUAUACAAAAGAUAUAAAGGAAAAAAAAAUAAUAAUAAAUAAUAAUUUUAGAAGUUAUAAAAAUGGUGUUAUCCAUAAAUAUUCUUUUAAUCAUAAUGGAAAUGAAAAAAAUGUUAAGAAAGACAAUUUAUAUUCAUUUUAUUCCAAUCCUAUAAUAGCUAGCCAAAAUACAUUAGAAAAAAAAAGAAAAAAAAAAAUUCUGAACACAAGUCAGAAAAAUAACCAAAAAAAUGAAAAAGAACAUGACCACCAUACAUAUGAAAUUGAAAAAAAAAAUUGUGAUAUAAUUUAUUGUGAUAAAAAUGAUAAUAAUGAAUUGAAUAUAGCAUCUAAUCAAUUAAAGAACAUGUUUACUAUUAAAAAGAAAGAUACAGACGAGGAGGAAAAAAGAAGAAGAGAACGAAAUUUUAAAUUAUUCUGUUCAACGAUUAAGAGAGAACCGAUUAGAAUAGAAGAAGAGAAAAGAAAUAAAAUAGGCGAGAAAAUGAAUGAUGAAGAAAAUGUAAAGAAAAGGUUGAAUAAAAAAGGAGAGGAUGGGAAAUGGAUAAGUAGUUGUAUAAAAGAGAAAGUGAAUCGAUUUGAAUAUGAUAAUAUUCAUAAAAAUGAAAAUAUGUAUUAUAAUAAUGGUGAUAAUAAAAUGAAUAACAGUAAGAACAAUUAUAAUAUAUUAAAAAAUCAAAACGUUGACAAGAAAAUAUAUACUUUGGAUGAUCGUUAUACUCCUUUUCGUAAUAUUCAUAGAAUAAAAUUCCCUAAUAAAACAACAGAAUAUAAAAAGAAUGGAGAAGAUUCACAGAAUGAUAUUAAUAAAUAUGAUCGUAGAUUAUCAAAUGGAAGUAUAAUAAGUGUGAUUAAAAAGAAAGAAAAAGACAAAAAUAAUUAUGAUACAAGUGAAGUGUUAAAAAAAGAAUAUGUUGAAAGUUUUAAGAGUAUAUCUGUAAUAAAUAAAGACAAAAAAGAUGAUAAGGGUAUAAAUUCAAACAAUUUAUUGUGUGAUAGAAAAAAUCCAGGUGAGGAUGUUGAGUCUUUUAAUAAUUUAAAUAUUAAUAAGAAGAAAACAAUAUUGUUAUCAUAUCAAGAAAAAAGAAAGACAUCAAAUGUAUUAUGUAAUAGCCGAAAUAAUAUAAUUCGUGAUAAUAAGAAAUCAUCUACUAUAAAUUUUAAAUGUAAUAUAAAUAAAAAGAACAAUAAUGAUGAUACAGAUAAUAUUCAUAAUAAUAUUCAUAAUAAUAUUCAUAAUAAUAUUCAUAAUAAUAUUCAUAAUAAUAUUCAUAAUAAUAUUCAUAAUAAUAAUGUGAACAGUAUGAUAAAUGUCAGCACUAAUGAACACAUGAAAGAUAUCAACUAUAAGAAAAAAUUUAUAGAGGAUGCUAUAUCUGCUUAUGAUGAUAAUAUAAUAGAUCAAGGAAAAAUAAAAAAUAAAAUACAUGACCAUAUUCUAAUAUCACCAACAAAUAAUAAUAGUACAAAGCAAUUAUCUGCAAGUACUAAAAUAAUAAGUAAAAAAAAUAUACACCAAUUUGACAAAUCAAAUUGUAAAAAAGGUUGGAAUGUAAUAAAGGAAAGUAUAGAUAGUAAUGAUCAAAAUAUAAAUAAAUCAAAACUUGAAAUAAAUAUUACAGAUAAUAAAAAAAAUACCCUUCUUAAAAAAAUCAAAAGAAGAAAUAAUAUGAAUUCAAAUACGUGUGGAAAAAAUAAAGAUGAUAAUAACAUUAAAAAUUAUAAUAUACAUAAACAUAACAAUGAAAAAGAUAUUGUCAAAGUAAUUGAAAAUGUAGCAACUAAUCGAAAUUCAAAAGAUUCAUAUAUAUUACAUAUUAUAAAUAAAAAUUUAAAUAGGUCUUUUAGUCAACUCGAUAAAAUAAAAAAAAAAAUGGAUGAGCAUCUACUCAUCUAG